CCAAACUCCAUCAUCAGAAAGCUAUCAUAAAAUGAGUGAAGACCAUAGUAUUCCAGAAGCAGUACAGUCACAACCACCAGUUGAGGUUUCUGAACUAGCACAGCAUCCUCUAUCGCCACCAAAUCCGUCCCCUGUUCCAGAAAAGAGAAAGUUGGAAGAGGAUGGUGGUGACCAAGACGUUGAUUCUUUGUUCAAUAAUAACGACAUUGAACCUGAAACUAAACGAUUGAAGGUUGAUGAGGAUGCACCGGCUACCGAGGAAACAUCUGCUCAGGUUGAAGUAAACAAUAAACCUGCUGAACCCGCUGCAGAGCCUGCAGAGCCAGCACAACCAGUGGAAGGUGUGCCUGAACCAGUCAACGAAAAAACUGCUGAAACACCUGCUGAAAACCAAGAAGAUAAAGCUUCCGAAGCUCCAGUUGCAUCUCAAAUAACCCCGGUCGAAGUAACCCCAGUAGCUACAACACCAGUGGAAGGUUCAACUGAACCACAAGCCGCUCCUCCAGUCUUCACAGAUCCGGCACCAAAACCUCCUCAAGAACCAGAUAUGGAUAACCUUCCUGCUAACCCUAUACCGGCCCACCAAACCAAGUUUGCUCUUAAUGUCAUAAAGGCAAUCAAGAGACUUAAAGAUGCUGUCCCAUUCAUUCAUCCGGUUGAUACUGUCAAGUUGAACAUUCCCUUUUAUUACAACUUCAUUCCUCGACCUAUGGAUUUGUCCACCAUCGAACGUAAACUCAAUGCUGGAGCUUAUGAGGACUCCACUCAAAUUGUUGAUGAUUUCAAUUUGAUGGUUAAUAAUUGUAAGAAAUUCAAUGGGGAAUCAGCCGGUAUCUCUAAAAUGGCUAUGAAUAUUCAAGCCCAUUUUGAAAAACACAUGUUGAACUUCCCACCUAAGGUGUUGUCAACUGCAACUCCAGCCAAGGAAUCCAGAGCUAUUUCUCCUGCUCGUGUUGAUGCCAAGAUACAAUCAAAGGAUUCCUUAGCUGCUCAUAGACCAAAACGUGUUAUCCAUCCACCAAAAUCAAAAGAAUUACCUUAUGACGUACGUCCAAGAAAGAAGAAGUUUGCUGCUGAAUUAAGAUUCUGUAAUCAAACCAUUAAGGAACUCAUGUCCAAGAAACAUUACAAUUACAAUUUCCCAUUCUUAUCUCCAGUGGAUACCGUUGCUUUGAACAUUCCAAACUAUAAUGAAGUUGUUAAGGAACCAAUGGAUUUAGGUACCAUUCAAACCAAGUUGGCCAAUAACCAAUAUGAAAAUGGUGAUGAAUUCGAGCAUGAUGUUCGUUUAGUGUUCAAGAACUGCUAUUUGUUCAAUCCUGAAGGUACAGAUGUCAAUAUGAUGGGACAUAGAUUAGAAGCUGUGUUUGAUAAGAAGUGGGCUAAUAGACCGGUUCCAGAACCAACUCCUCCUCAGAGUGAAGUUAGUGAUGGUGAAGCCAGUGAUGAUGACUAUGACGAUGAUGUUGAAAUUAAUGAAGAUAUGUUGUCGGAAAUUCCUGCCAUUCAAUUCUUAGAAAACCAAUUGAUUAGAAUGAAGAAGGAAUUGGAUGAAAUGAAGAAGGAACACUUGAAGAGAUUGCGUGAACAACAAGCAGCUAAGAGAAAAAAGAGACAACAACAAAAGGCUAAGUCCAAGAGUAAAAAGACCAAGUCUCUGAAGGAUACUCAUCCACCCCCACCAAAGGUUACCCCACCUGCACCUGUUGUGACUUAUGAAAUGAAGAAACAAGUUUCAGAAAUGGUUCCUAAUCUUUCUGACAAGAAGUUGCAAGCAUUGAUCAAGAUCAUUAAGGAUGAUGUUGAAAUCAGUAAUGAAGAUGAAGUUGAGUUGGACAUGGACCAAUUGGAAGAUAGAACUGUUUUGAAGUUGUAUGAUUUCUUAUUUGGCAAGAAAUUAUCCUCGAAAAUGGCCAACAAGAGAAGUAAGCCAAUCUUGGGAACAAACAUUGAUGAAUUGGCCCAUUUAAGAAGUCAAUUGGCAUUAUUUGAUGAAGGUGAAACUGGAGGUAGUGGUGGUAAUGGAUUCAUGGGAAUUACUAAUAAUGAUGAAGAAUCUUCUGAAGAUGAUGAUGCCUCUUCAGAAAGUUCUGAAGAAGAAUAGUUUUUACCUAGUCUUCUACAGUAAUUUCUCUGUAUUAUAUAACUAUAUAUGUGUACAUACUAAUACUUGCAUUAAUGUGACUUGUACGUACAUUU